AUGUGGCUUGCUGCAACGCAGGCUCGCUUGCUCAACCUUCGAUAUUCCUUCAAGUUUUUGUUAUUUCUCUGGAUUUUUAACUCCGUCAGUGGAAAGUCAAACAACGCGACUAUCACCAAAGCCAGAUGCUAUGCAAACUGCUUGACGAAGGUGAGCAAUCUUUCAAUAGAGAGGUUAAGAACCACGUUUACUUCAAACGGUAUACGCGAAUUUGUACGUGCACUUGGCCAAGUUUCACCUUAGCUUGUCGUUUACUGUUCAUUAUUUCUACACAUAAAUUAGUAGUUUCACACAAUUUUUUAUCCAUAAGUUUUUGAGCUGUUUUUAUCUGCUCUUUUUCUCUUUUGACAGCUGAGUCUCAACUUGAAUCUGACGUUUGCUGUUUGCCGUAUACGUGAAGCUUAAUAGAGACCUUUAGAUUCAAGGACGAGAACGACUACGAGUGCGAGAUUUGACUUCAAGUUUUUUCGCGUAUUCUCAAAAUAUAUAUUUAUAGACUCCCCGGAAAGCUUCAUUUUACCAUUUUUCACUAGAAAAGUUAGCACCGUUACCUUUAGUGAAGGAGGUUGCACCCUGAACUGAUUGCAAAAUGAUAAAACUUUUAACAUUUGAUAACUUGUUUCCGCAACUUCGACAUUCUCGCUAAAACUCGUAGUAGAGUGACGACGGCUACCACGUUUUCCCGCCAAAAUGACGCUGGUUCACGCGGGUGCAGUACUUAGUAUUGAGAAAAUCUCGUACUCGUAGUCGUACUCGUCUUAGAAUCUAAAGGUCUCUAAUCUCUCUAAUAUAUACGUUCUCGGCAUCCCCAAACGGUCGUUUUAAAACGAUCUCAGCCAUAUGAAUUGUCUUUUAAGUAACAGUGUCUCUAUGGUCAGUUUCUCGUGGUUUCAAACAAGUCUACUGCGUUGAAGAUGAUCUCAUGAUUAUCAUUUUUACUUCAAUGGUUGAUUUUUAAAGAAAUAAUCGCUAUCACUUUAAUAAGUUGAAACGAACAAAUUAUCUGAUUGAUCGCCCAAUAUCAAACAAUUUCAAUCGAUUUCGAUUUGGACACGAACAGUAUAUUCCAACUUAAUAUUACUGCCUAUCAGCAUAAAACAGUCUUGUCCCUUUCUCUAGCGACCUCCAUGUAACGAAAAGUUUGAUGUAAAUGAGAAUAUGGUUGAUUUGUUGCCUGGUUGAAUAGAACACUGUUAUGGAACUGCAGACCGUGGAAGGGGAAGAACCUAAAGAAACGAUGCAGAAUCGUUUUAUCGUUUAGGGGUAAGACUAAUCUGCGGGACUACAAAUUCUGGAACCCGGCAGAACCUAAAGAAAUGAUCGUUUUAUUGCAACUGCCUUUGGUCGACAUGAUAAAUUAAUUAGUUACAAUUAAUUAUAAACAUUGAUCGAGAGCUCUGGCACUGGUUAACGGCUUGUUAGUAUGUCGGAAGCCGAACGAGAGGCGUAGAUUUAAGGUGUUUCGAUACAGUUUCUCGGAGGCCAUACAGAUAUUUUCAAUCCCCUUAAAAGUGAUUUUAUCCUUGUCCAAUCGCUAUGAAAUUUUCACCAUUGAUUGAUUAUGAAUUGAAGUUUAUCAAAAUGCAGUUUUAAGUAAAAUCGAUAUCACUAUGACAAGAAUAAACAAAAAACUUUGAAAUCGAUUAAAGACGAAUUUUGCGCGAUCUAGACCUGCAAAACUUUUUAGAAGUAAGUUUGACAAGCAUCCCGUUAUAACGCAUUCCUAUUUUCUAAAAUUUGUUUUAGAAUCCAGCAAGCAAUGAAACCACAAUUCCCUGUCAAACAUCUGACUGUAAAGAAGUAAGUACCAUUAUUUUCAAUCAGUAAAGUUUAGAAUAGUAACACUGACAACUAAGUGCAAAAUACCUAUAAAAGGCGAAUCCAUAAAGAGUGCUUCGUAAAUGAAAAGCUAUCUAUUUAUCAAUAUCCACUUUGAUUCCUAUCCUUGAUAUUUGAACUCUUUUAGUGCUUAGGUCCAUGUGGAUCGUCUGAUUUGGAUGAGGCAGCGUGUAAACAAACAUGCGUAAGUAUCAGCUGUCAGCUGCAUGUCGUGGCUUUCGGGUCACCUAAUCAGCUUAAUUGAAGCCAAUUUACUACUUUUACAGUUUUUAUCCGUUAAGCCCAAAGUUUUCAGGGUGGUAGAACUUCGUAUUAUAAACAAUCGUAUGUUUUUUUGUUUCUCAAUUUGAACGUUUUUUGGCUGCAAAAUUACGACACAUUAUUGACAGCAAAAUUUCAACUAAUGAUGUAACGAAAUUGAUUAAGCAGUUAUAAAAGUUUCGAAUUUUCCGCCAUUUUGUUACUAUUGUUAGAAACCCAAGCACAUUUCAAAAUGUUACUAUCAGUAAUAUGAUCUCCUAAAGAAAUUAAGCUUUUGUUUCUAUCCCGUCGUGCUCUUUAAAAUUACCUAUCUGUUACGUCACUAGUUGAAGUUUCAGUUUUGCUGUCAAUCAUGUGACGUCUUUCCCUCCAAAACCCGUUAAAAUCGAAAAACAAAAAACAUGCGAUUGUUUUGAAUAGAAAGUUCUACCAUCCUAAAAAUUUGGGGCACAAAGGGAUAAAAAACUCUUGGCUUCAAUUAAGUCACCCAAAAGUCGCGACAACUGACCCGGCUUGCUUUGCUACGUUAAUCUACUGUAAAUGUUCGGAAUUGGUCAUUUUGCAGAAAUUUAAGUUGGCCGUUUUCCAAUUGUAUUUGUUUUAUAUUUCAGAGAGCUUCAAGCAGCUGUCUUGAGAGUUGUGAGUUUUUGACUAAGGUUAAAAACUUUUCUUCAAUAAUAAAUGGAGAUGGUUCCUCGACACCAGCCCCAGGAAUACCUUUAGUAACAAACAGGAGUUUGACCUCUAUCAGCUUGAAGUGGGAGGCUGUGGAAAACACGACUGGUAGCCCAGUGUACAUGAUCGAAAUGGCGUUUUCUGAGGGCGAACAAGGAUUUGUUCCAGCCUACUUGUCAGAGGUAGUUUGA